AUAUAUAUGUAGGUAUAUGUGAAAAAAAAGAAAGAGGAAAGGAAAAUUUAUUUAUCAAGGAUAAUUUUUUUCUUUCGCUCAUUUUACAAAAACAAAAAAUUCUUCGAGACAAAAAUUAAAUCAAAAAAUAAAAAAAUAAAUUACCAGAUUCGAAGGUUUUUUAAGGUUAUUAACUAUAUUUACGUACGAAUAUUUACAUAUUAUGUACAUAUAUAUAUAUUAUUUUUUGGAUAAGCGACAUAUUUAAUGUAUUGAAAUAUUAUCCAGAUUUAAGAGCGAAUCAAAACCUUAAAAAAUUUUCUUUUUGAAAUGCGCCAACAACGUUAAUGGUUUUUUUAAAAAACGGCUGGAAUGGAGGGCAAAAAACUAUUACAAGCGUGAUGGGGCUCCGACCCAAAAUCCUUGAUCACAAUAUAUUAAACAGAGAACACAUAAACGACAUGGACAACGAACUGGAAAAACGAUUGCAUAAUUUAGAAAAAUCAACAAAUUUUAUUAAUAAAAAAAAUACAAAUAAAAUAUUCAACAAAAUGUUAUUUAUAAAAAAUUAUUUAAAUAAUAGAUUUUUAAGGAAAUUUCUACAAAAACAUCAUUAUAAUCAUAACAAUAAUAAUAAUUAUCAUUGUUCUUAUAAUACAAAUAUAAAUUAUCAUAAAAUAAUUUUACAAAUACUAUUAAUGACAUUUUUAAUUUUUAUGCUAAGAAUAACGACGAUUAAUUGUUUACCAGUUACAUCGAAACCAAUUGAAAAUACACCAGAACAUUUAGCAUGGGAGGCAUGGAUUAUGUUACCACCUCCAGCUAAUUCAGAACGACAUCGUAAAAUAAUGCCAAAAUCAAUAUUUGUCUUGCCAACUAAUAUUAAUAAUAAAAAUAGUCAUAAUUUACCGGUACCACAACCACAAAUACAAUGUCCACCCGGUUAUAGGGUAGAUAAUUCAAAAUGCAUUCCCACAAUAAGUAUAAAUCGUGAUCAAUUAUUAAUUGAUCAAUUGUCAAAUUUAUUACCAGUUUCGAUGAAACCAGAAGAUAGUAGCUAUGAUGAUUACGAUUAUGAUUAUACAAAUGGCGACACAAUUAAUUAUGAUUUAGAUAUGUUACAAACAUAUAAUAAACAACAAUCGCCACCAUUAAUCAAUAAUAAUCCAAAUACGUUUCGUGUUACUGAAAAAGAUUCAGAACCAUUGAAAAUAAAUUUUUCAUUGGAUAAAUUUUCGAUAGCCAAAGAUGAAAAUCAAAAUAAUAAUAAAAAUUCAAAUCUAUCAUCAUCUCCAGGUAUUAAAAAUGAUUCUAACGAAUACAUUAUGGAAAUAAAUCAUGAGGAAAAUAGCGAAAAAAUUAAAUUGCGGCCCUUUCGUGACCAAGAAACUUCUUCAUCCACUAUUAAACUAUCAACAACAACUACAAGUGAUGCAACAAACAAAGAAAAUCAAUCAGAAUCAACCUCAGCUGAAAUUGGUACAUCUGAAACAGAUACUGAAGGAAAAGAUGAAAACGAUACUGAAUCGAUUUUACAACAACAGUACUCAACAAUUUUUGGACGCAAAGAAUCAACAACAAUUUCAACAACAUCUACUGGAAGUACAGAAACAGUAUCCGAAUCAAACAAUUCUAGUACGAAUACCGAUACCACAGAAUUUAACGAAAACCAUCAAACAGAAUCUAAACGUGAAUCAACAACAACAUCAAUCACCAUCGAUACUACAACAACUAACUUUACAGAAAACGCAAAAUAUAUCGACCAUACCACCAAUCGUAACAACAAAAACACCGAAAUUCCACUUGAUUUAUCAGAGUUUCCAAACUCUAAUCAAAAUGAUAACGUAUUUGUUACAACUGUUUCAUCCACUGAUUCCUCCACUAUGGUUGCUAUAUUAAGUUCUGAUGAAAAUGAAAUGUCUUCUGUUUCACAAAAUACAAAUGAUUUGAAUUCCACUACAACAUCCGAUUAUGAGUACGAUCAGACAACAACUUUAAAUAAUAAUAACAAAAAUCAUAAUGAAUAUGUGGAAGUAAUUACGGAGCAAAUGGAAAAAGAAAAAAAUUUAAUUGAAAAACUUUCUGAAGAAUCUUUAGUUCUAGAUAAAUCACUUGAAGAAAAUACAUCUACAGACAUUUCUUCAGAAAUAUCUUUGGGUCAAGACGAAAUGACCACCAAUCCUCCAAUGUACGACGAUUUAUCAAGUGAAAUUGUUGAUUCAUCUUCUUCACCUUUGAAAAUUUACAAUAAUAUUGAGAAAUCAUCGACGGAGUCUUCUAUUUCUUUAACUACAACCACAGAGGGAAUUAAAAAACUCAAUAAAACAACAGAAAAAAAUGUUGAAAAGCUAGAACAUAAAAUAGUACACGUCGAUCGCCAUAGACUUCAUCAUAAAUACCAUGGCAUUCCUCAAUCUACAGUUAGUAUUAGCGCUUCACAACCAAUUGAAUGGCAUGAAGAUCGUGAACCUUUAAUGGAAAGUAUUGAAAGCAACAACCGUUUCGUUUAUCAUCAUUUAGGUUCUUCUCCUGCACCACAAAGCAAUUCAGAUAUUAAAUCGACUCAAUACAUUUCUCCUUCAGAAAACACAAAAUCAAAUAUUGAUUUAAUGACAGGAAUACCAACACCUAAACCAACAGUUCAACCUAAAAGAGAUACACAAGCUGAUAUUAAUGAACAAUUACGUAUUAUUAAUAUGAUUGUUGAGGAAAAUAAAAGACGAGCACAAGCAUCAAAAAUUCGUUUUCCCGAAGAUCAACCACCAACGUCAACUCAAAAUCCAUUACGUUCUCAUACUUUAGUUCGUUUUCCAAAUGAAUCACAUCAGGAAUCAACACCUUAUCAUAUUGCAACAUCAUAUUAUCAACCACAAAAUGGUAGAUUUGAUCCAGAAAAAUUAAUAUUUCAUCGUAGAUUUUUCCAACAUCAGCAACAACAUUCAACAACACAAACACCAUCAGAGACUACCUCGUCAUUAUCAUCAAUAGUAACAACAACAACGUCACCAGAUACACAAAAACCAUUCUGGUGGUUACCUUCUGGUUGGGAAAUCGAUCAAAACGGCGAACGCCCAAUGUUAAUUAGAUUUUGGUCAAGAUCACCAUCUCGAAAUUCAGAACAAUUUACUAGUAAUACUGAACCAUACAUACAAGAUCAAUAUAGAACAGCUGCAUCGAAUACACAACAUAUUGUUGCAGAUAAUUUACGACAAAGAAAUGAUGAAAAAUACAAUAUUAAUUAUAAUAAAAAUAUAAAUUAUAAUAUUAAUACCAGUGAUGGAUUAUAUUCACAACAAUCAUUGCCAGCAGCAACCGCAACAACAACAACAACAAGUCGAUAUCGUGCAAAUUCAAGGAGUCCAACUGAUAAUUUAUAUCAUGAAGUUCCUUCUUCUCAGAAUGUCUAUAAAGUUUUAAAUGCUGCAAGACAAUGGAAAAAUAGUAAAAGAUAAAUAGAAAAAUUUUUUUUAUUUUAUUAAAUUUUUUUAUUUAAUUUUUUUUUUUGUAUUUAAUUUUUGUUUCUCAUCUGUAAUAUUUUUGAUUUUAAAACUUGGAAACAAAAAAAAAAUUUCAAUAAAAUGUAAAAAUAAAGUAUAAAUAUUAUUGGAAAAAAAAUAACAAU